CUCACCUUCCCAAUCACACACAAAACACACACACAGAGAAAGGAUGAUAAGUGCAGAUGAUUUCUACAAGGUUAUGUGUGCGAUGGUUCCUCUCUACUUUGCAAUGCUGAUAGCAUAUGCUUCAGUGAAAUGGUGGAAGAUAUUCACGCCGGAGCAGUGCUCCGGCAUCAACCGUUUCGUGGCGGUUUUCGCGGUCCCGGUGCUGUCCUUCCACUUCAUAGCUCAGAACAAUCCAUAUCAAAUGGACACCAAGUUCAUAUUGGCUGAUACACUCUCAAAGGUCCUAGUGCUUGUUUUGCUUUCAAUCUGGGCUAUCUUUAAAGGAGGUUUGGAUUGGUUGAUCACACUCUUCUCAGUAUCUACUUUGCCAAACACACUAGUCAUGGGCAUUCCUCUGCUUAAGGCCAUGUAUGGAGACUUCACUCAGAGUCUCAUGGUGCAACUAGUUGUUCUACAAUGCAUUAUCUGGUACACAUUAUUGCUAUUCCUCUUUGAAUAUAGAGCUGCCACCAUAUUAAUCAAAAACCAGUUCCCUGGUACUACUGCAGCCUCCAUAACCAAAAUUGAGAUCGACGGUGACGUCAUAUCUCUCGACGGCCGGGACCCGCUAUGCACCGAAUCGGAAAUCGACGGCACCGGGCGUAUCCGAGUCCGAAUCAGACGGUCCACAUCCUCCGCCCCGGACUCGGCAUUGUCCUCAUCCAUUGGAAUCACUCCUAGGGCAUCCAAUCUCUCCGGUGCCGAGAUUUUCUCCGUCAACACGCCCGCACCAACUCAUGACAUCACUUUUGGUGACUUGGCAUUUGGGUACCGGUCGAGUCCCCGGCUAUCGGGGUACGCGUCCUCAGACGCUUACUCGCUUCAGCCGACGCCACGCGCCUCGAAUUUCAACGAAUUGGACAUGACGUCGGUGACGACGGUGAAUACGCCGAUGUGGGUCAGGUCUCCGGCAGGUGGGAAGGUUUACCGGCAGCCGUCGCCGGCGUUUUCCGGGAUGAGAAUGGUCUGGGAGUCACCUGGGAAGUGUCAGGUUGGAGGAGACAGACAAGGGUGCAAGGAUGUUGUCGGAGAGAAAGAUCUUAGUUUCAGAGACAACUCAAAAUUUCCAAUGGGAGAAGAAACAGAUGCAAAAGGUGCAGAGAUAAAUCAAGAAAUGCCGAAUGCGAUUGUCAUGCUAAAGCUCAUACUUGUUAUGGUUGGAAGGAAGCUUUCUCGCAAUCCAAACACUUACUCAAGUGUUUUAGGCCUUCUCUGGUCUCUAAUCUCAUUCAAAUGGAAUGUGGGAGUUCCUAGUGUGGUGAAAUAUUCGAUAAAAAUAAUUUCAGAUGCAGGUCUUGGGAUGGCCAUGUUCAGUUUAGGGUUGUUCAUGGCACUCCAGCCCAGGAUAAUUGCUUGUGGCACAAAAAUGGCAACGAUUGGAAUGGUGAUACGGUUUCUGGGUGGGCCUGUAUUAAUGUCAGCUGCAUCCAUUGCUGUUGGACUAAGAGGAAAGCUACUACACACUGCCAUAGUACAGGCAGCUCUUCCCCAAGGGAUUGUACCAUUUGUCUUUGCCAGAGAGUAUGGGCUGCAUCCUGACAUACUAAGUACUGGGGUAAUCUUCGGCAUGCUAGUUUCCUUACCUGUAACUCUCCUCUACUACAUAUUGCUUGGCCUGUGAAGAAAAUUAGGGCUACAAUAUGUCCCCGAAUUAUCGUCCACGCCGGCCAUCCUUGGGUCCACUGUGUUUGAAGUAGCCAACAUCUAAAAUGUCAUUAGCAAGAUCAAUGGUGCUUGCGCUUUCUAAUCAUGUAAAAUUCUCCGAACAAGAUUGACUAUUGACUUAAUAUCAACCGGAUUUCAAAAGCCGGAAAAUUAGGGUUAACAUAGAGUGUGACAGAAGAAUGUAAACAAGGUGAAGGUUCACUGUCCUAGCUAGUGGUACAUGGAGUAGUGGUAGCCGAAAGGAAAUGGAUUAUCAUGACUUAUUAUGAUUAAGGUAGGGGACUUGUUCUUCUCUUAUGGGGUGGACAGAGUUGUUGCAACAAAGUAUUUUUGACCCAAGAAAAAGGGCAAAAAAGGUAAAAUCAUUUCGAUGCUACUUUUAUGUUUGUGUGAUUUUAUUGUUAUUCCUUUGAUUUUCUGAAUCAAUCAUGACACACUAGUACAUGCUUUCUGCUUUUCAAAUAUAUAUAUAUAUAUAUAUAUAUAUAUAUAUAUGAAACAGAGAUUGUAUUGCCUUAGAAUUGAAGCCUUGUGAACAAGAUAGAGAAUACUAUAUUGAUUGCUUCUUUAUGUUGCCCAUGUACUAAAAGGAAGCAUCAAAUAGAAAUGCAAUCAUUUUGUUGCGUCUCAGUCAGUCAAAAAGUCCAUAACCCAAAAAGAAUUUGUCAUCCAAAGUAUUAAAGUAAAAAUGAUAGGGAAUAAUAAUGCUUCAUCCAUUAUACAGUAAUUUUUUCAUCCAAGUACUGAAGUAAAAACAGAGUAUGGUAUCCUCUGCUCAAUAUGAACUCUAUUAAUUAUAUAUAUAAAUAUAUAUUUAUUGGUAAGUUAUUUUGGUUAUUGUUUGCAAAAUAUUUAGUUGAGUUCAAUGUGGAAUAGUAGAGCUUGUGGAAUUAUUUGAUUCAAUAGAUUUUCAUCAUUUAUUUGUAUAGAAUUUUGACAAUAAGAAUGUCCCAAAUUUUGGUUUCUUAACCUUUUUCCUUUAAAUGAUUGAUAGAUAGUUAAUGAAAGCCAUACAUGAUUUUGGAAUUUUUGGACUCACAUUAUUUUAUUUAUUUAUUUAUUAUUUUUUUUUUUAAGAAAAGAGAUCAUCUACAAGGUACCUCAUGGUGUAAUAUAUUAAUUGUUCUUAAUUUCUUUGGUUAGUUCACGAAUUCGACACUCUAUCAAUCGUCUUAAUUCCAAAGGUAAAAGACGUUUCAUUGGUAAGCAAACUGCUUUUUCUAGCUUUUAAUGCAAAUUGCCCAUCUAUAUGCAGGUGUUCUUAACUAAUAUUUUUAGUUUCCUCUAAUAUUUCAGGUAAACACGGCUGGCAAGUUAUUUGAAACUUUUUAACAAAAAUAUAUAACAUAUUAUUAUAGGGUUAUACUCAACAUUUUCCAAAUUUAUUCAAAACAAAGUAUCCCUUUAUAUCAUUUGUCAGGGUGGUAAGGGUAUGAUAUGUCAUGCAAUAGUUAUUUAUGUAAAAAUGAAAAAUGGAUGAUAGAACAUACAUGAAAUCUUUUGUUUGUUCUUCAGGUUGGUCAAAAAAGAAAAGAAAAUAAGAAAAUAAUAAUAAAAACUAUAAGAUAUGCUUGUUUGUUUCAUGGGACGGGGAAAAAUAAGAGACCAAACAAGAAAGAAACUCACAAUAUGCUUGUUUAAUUGUCACAAAGAAUUUCUAUUGAGAUAAAAGUUGGGGAAACAAUUCUAUUAUUAUUAUUAUUUUUUUGAUUUUUAACAAUUUAAUACAAUACCAAUGUAUAUAAAUUUACAUUUACAACUUAAUAAACAAUUCCCACCAAUAAGUUACUUUUAUCAGCAACCUAGUAGCACAAAUUAAUUGAGUUAACUGGUUUU